CAGACUGAGCGACCAAUCACAGCGCUCCCCCACCGGCGGACCUCCGUCAGGCCAGUCGCAGUUAGGCGGUGUAACCUAUAUCUCGCUUGGAAAUUAUGAAGACAGCCAGCUUAAGUCAGUUCUAGAGGAAAAGUUCAAUUAGUGAGGAUUUUUCUAUAUUUUGGAGACACUUUACGCAUCCUGAGCUCUCGCGCAGCACCCAGGAUUGCUCCUCUAUAACUUCUGUUGUAUAUCAGUUAUCCGGUGUAGUUUUUAGCUUAAUUGUCACAUGUAUCAGAAAAUCUCAGAACAUCUCGUUAUGGACGCUGACCAUCUUUGUCUGCUGCUCGCGUCUUUCUUGCUCUCUUUCUGCCAUAACAAUGGAUUAACAGAUGCCGGAUGGAGACAAAUCAAGAAAAGAGAUUGAGAUCUGCAGCUAGUUGAAGAGGGAAGAAAAAAAAAAACAUUUUUAAACAGGUGGCAGAUCCGGCAACAAUUCACGCUGUCCUGAUCAUCCUCUGUUACAAUAACAGGCUGCCAUCUGAGAGAGAUUCAGUGCGCAGGCUCUCCCAGCGCUCCUCUCCAGCAUCAGACCCCAGAGCAACGCACAGUGGAUGUUCCAGGUUUGAUUGUUGCUGUGCAAAUCCUGAAGAGAAUUCUGGAAAUCAAGCACAACACAGAGGAGAAAUUCUUCCAUUUUUCUCAAACAUUUACUCAGAGCUUUGUCUCUCUCAUUUUCCCUCCGCUGAACCCUCCUCAGAAGGUCAGAGGAGCAUGUAACUGAAACAAGCGGAGCCCCUUGGUGAUUUCAACGCUCCAUCUCCCCCAGUCUGUGCCUACAUUCUCUGCCACAGAUAGGGACGUUUUUGAUAAUUACAUGUAAUUAUAAUUUCUGUGGGAGACGGAUCUGCUUCUGUCUAUUAUUGCCAACACCUCCAACACAAUAACUUCAUGCAUUUACAUAUUUCUCAACAAAAGUGAUAUUCUUUGAACCUCCGAGACCAAUCAGGAAUAAUUUUACUUAGAAAGACAUGUCACAGGGUGAAGCCAUUCAGUUCACGUCUAAUUAGAGCUGCAGUUCAAUGACAGGCAACUUUUUUUGUGCUUAAAAGCUGAAUGCAGAGCAUUUAAAAUCCAUCACAUUUGCCUCUUUGCACCAUAGGCUGGUUUAUGCUUAUUCCUGAUUUUCAGCUGUUACUGUCCUCUAGCACUUAAGGCGAGCCCUCCCUCAUUAUCACCCCAGCCUGAUAGCAGAAACAGUGUGUGCCAGCUGGGUACCAGUGUACGAUAAUCCAACAGAAGGAAACAGGGAAAUACACAGAGUAUGUGGUGUUUCUAUAGAUGUGAUGAGUGCCUACAACAGCUUUGCAUGGAUCUCCAUAGAAAUUUGGCAUCAUUAACAGACAGCGUUUAUUAGCCAUGCUGUCUUUUUAUUCUGUAUGAUUGUUUACGAUGCCAAAAAACACCAAAUAUAUGAAAAGAAUUCUAGAUUCAUACAUUUUUCACUAGAGAUUUGCUUAAAUAAGUGCCAAUUCUGAAUGUAUGAAGUACUACACUAAAAUAGUCACCCAGGAAUGAGCAAACCAGAUAAAACCGUUUACAUAGAACAAAAUCACAGGCCAUAUCCUUCUAUUAAAGUGCCAUGAUCAGCACAGGAAUGUAUAGGACUGCCAUAUUUUAUUAAGAAUCUCCCUCGUGAUUACUUUUACUGGCCUUUUUGGUUAGAAAAACCUAUUUUUGUCUUGCACCAAGUCAGACAUUUGUCCUUUCUAGCAGGUGGACAUGUAGGAUUAAGGAAUUAAGGACUAAAAGCAUGAAGAUUGUUGUUUUCAAUUUGUCCUUUCUGCAGAGAUGCACAGUGUUCUAGACUUGAGAGGUGUUUUUGGAGGGCAGAAGAUGAAGUCAUUACGCAUUCAGAGUUCCUCUCUAGCAGUAAAUUAAAAUCAUUUUAACACCAUUAUCAGCAAUUAUUGAAAACCUACCAAGUGAUUCUGACAGUGUUGGUCCUUUUCCCUCUACUGUUUUACUGUUCUUUUUUCUAAUAUUUCUGAGCAAGUGCACAGAUUCUAGGGAAAUAAGCAGGCUUCAGAUUUCAACAUCCUACAUAAGUAAAUGAAACUAUACAUCAUCAGCUUCCAGCAGGUCGUACAUGCUACUUGAAUAUUUCACAUGCCGUUUUAGUGGGUUAAACUGCAAAGCGGAUACAUUAUUGUAACUGCAUUGACUCAACAACAGAAAAAUAGAUCUCUUAGUCAUGUAAAAAUGACGCCCACCACCAAUCUUCGAGUCUUCGCCGUCUCCCUGCUCUCCCUCCUCACUGCCCCCCUCACUGCUGCCGCUGUGGAGACCUUUCCGUCCCCUUCUCCUCCUCAGCAUGUAAACCACUCAGGAAGGUUGUUCACUGAGCAGCCUCAGGCUGACCCCAGCCCCUCUCUGCUGCUCCUAGCCAUGCAGGCCAACAUCAGACCCGCUGCUCUGCAAGUCAAGAAGAACACUCAAGAGAAACUUCCAGAAAUCUCAGAGGAAGUUCUGGAGACCCCUCCCAGACCUCUUCCCCAGAUCAUGUUCCCCAAGAAUGUGACCUCUGCAGAAGCCCUUGCACCUCCUUUAGGAGCAGCCCAGGUGGCCCCCAGUCGACCCCGCAUGAUGGAUGUAUGGAUGGACGUAUGUCGAGGUUAUUAUGAUGUGAUGGGACACUUUGACAGUGCCUUCAACUGCUCCAAGGACACCUAUAUCUACUGCUGUGGGACCUGCCACUACCGCUUUUGCUGUCCGGAGCGAGGCCGGCAGCUGGACCAGGACAAAUGCAACAACUACGACUCUCCAGACUGGGCCAAGCCGCAGACAGACUCCACAAUCAUCUCCGAGGAGCUAGGUCCUGACCUCGAAUUUGACCCGCUGAAGCAGCAAAGCCACAACACGGGCUUCGUCAUCGGAGGUGUGGUGGUGUUCAUGGUGGCUGUUGCAGUGGGCAUCAAGGUGGUCUUCAACAAGGUGCAGCAGGAAGCCAUUCAGAGGGACCUCAACAUGCCCAGAGCCCUGGUGGACAUGCUGCGGCACCAGUCAAGCCCGGUCCAGCAGGACGAGAGAAACAACAGCGUGGCUCUGACUGUAGGCGAUGGAACGGGCACACUGGGGAGAGCUCCAAAAAAUCUGUACGCCCCAGGCCUGCCCAGCAAGGACAACAGAUUGGGAAAUUUGCAGCACAAUUUCAUCCACUCAUCCGGCUCCAGCCCCAAACACACUGCAACUAUCGAGCGCACGCCUCGAAUGAACAAUGCUCAGCUGGCGGCUGGAGGCACCCUGCUCUCCAGUAAACACAACAACACCAAAUCCCAGCCUUCCUUCCACCACUCCCUGCACAACCUGGCUCAGCUGCCGCCCUCCUACGAGAGCGCCACCAAGCCAGAGCUCAACAGAUACUCCUCCCUCAAACGCCUCGAGAAAGGUCUCGAUGAGUACUCUUCCGGUUACUGCACCACCAAGCGCCGGCCUCACACGGCCCAGCCGGCCCUCCAGUCCUCCCAGCAUCACCUCCACUGGGGGGGAGACUAUACCCUCAGCGGGAGAGGAACCCUUCCCAGGCAUGCAGCCCGGCCCUGGAUCCCUCCACCGCCUUCUGGCAUGCCUGCCUCACCCACCCCCAAUCCUUACCCUCUGGAUCCUCCUGAGCCGCAGUACAACCCAAACUACGACACACUGUCCAAACCCCCAAGAAAAGUCAAGUCCACCGACCAACUGCUCAACAUGGGUGAUGUCCCUGGCAACACCGGGACCUUGUCCAGGAUGUCUAAGAACCAGCAGCACCAGUACUACAAAGCCAUGGCCUCCAAUAAGAACUCCAACACGCAGACGCUCACCAGGAAGAACCAGGACAGGAGAGAGGAGAGGCAGGAGCGGCAGGAGAGGCAGGAGAGGCAGGAGCGGCUGCUCAUGUCUCCAGACCAUUUGGAAGAGAGGAUGGGGGUGGUGGAUCCGUACGCCCACACAGGGGGAAGCGCAGGUGGAGGAGGAGGAAGCGGAGGAGGAGGGAUCGUCCCCACGCUGCCUCGUCAGCAGAAGGCCCAGUCCCAGCAGAACGUGUGCGCCACGCCCUCCCUCGACCGACACCACAUGAUAAAGAUGAACUCCCACCCGACGUCCGGGCGGGAGCAGGAGAGAAACACGGCCAUGACUGGGCACAUGAGUGGGGGCAUGGGCUGGGCAGGGGAGGCGCCCGCACAGGGGGUAGUCAUGGGAACGGGAACACUAGGGGGCCAUAGUGCCAGGAGGAUGGCUUUCGCAGCGAAGAGGCAGAACACCAUCGAGCAGCUACAUUUCAUACCAGGAGGGGGAGGUGGGGGGUCAGGAGGAAGUGGAGGGGGGAGCCAGGGGAUCAGGACAGGGAGUAAAAACGAGGUGACGGUGUGAGGUUAGUGCCUAAAAUAGAGUUUACUCUCAUUCAAGAUGUGGGAAUAGAUCACCCUUCUGCAUUUAGCUAUUAGACAUACAACUAAAAAUAAACCUAGCAGCAUAAUAUAGUAACAGUAUAAUGUGCUUAGGCUAUUCAAAUUAGUGUUAUCUUGUUAUUAAAUAGCUUCGAUAUAAUACUUUAUUAAAAAACUAGGUGGGAAUAUCUGUUCCAGUUAUGUGAUAGCCUACAUCAGCCAUAUUUUGUAAGAAAUUUUGCCAUAUUGCCAUAAACAGCGGUGCCAUUACUUGCAGAAAGACUGACUGGGAGGGUGAGACAAAACCAACAGAAGUGUCGUUUAUAAUUUUGUUUUUUAUAUGUUUUUCCAAAAAGUACUCAGGAGCCAUAUUAGUGUUAGAGAAGAUAUAUAGAUGUAUAUAUUCAAAAAAGAAACUUAAAAAGAAGAAACUGAGAAAUAUUUUAUCACAGAAUUUAACCGAGAAUCGAGCCGACUACCUUCUGGACUAUCAGCCUGAUUUAUUGAACUCUUAAUCUGAAAAGGACCAGAUGAGUCUGCAUGAACUGUGUGCCUGAUGACGGUUUUUGGAGAUGCUUUUGACAUUUACUGAACCAACCUUGUCCUCACACAGGAUGGCAGAACUGCUUUUUUAUUGCUUCCUGUGUUAAAGACUGAACGAGGUAGGAGCUGUUUUCUGUCUGGGACUGUGCAGCCUCACACAUUUGGCAGGACUCUGCGCCCGAUUUAAACUUGGGGACAUACCCACAUUACCAAUCUGAUGCCUGGGUUGCCUAGUUUUCCAUGUGACCUUACAUUAAACCCCCACAGGGACUCACUCUGAUCACUGCCACACUACAGAAGUGUUUACUCUUGUUAGAUUACAUAUGGACUGUCUCUCCCUAAUGCUCCCAUCUUCGGAUCAGGACCUAACAAUGGGCUACCAAAUAAUACAGAGCCAUUUGUUCCUAAAAAUGCUGACUUUAACCUAGAUGAGUCAAGAGCUAACAAAACAGACCCGUGUGUUCAGUUUACCAAUAAAAGGGCAACUUUCUUUCUAUAGGGGCACAGGGUCUUCUACAGAGCACAAAUGAAUAGACAGUGUGACGCAAAGGUUGGACUUAUACAACUGUCCUUCAGAAGCCAUUUAUGAAGAAAAUACCACACAGGAAGCUGGUCCGACAAUCACCACUUUAUUAUCCUCUCCAGGUGACAAAUUAAACAAGUCAGUGAUAUUUUGUACAGUCAAAGGAAAUCGGCUUCAGAGAAAGCCAGAAAAAACAAAACACACCUCUCAGUCAGGAGACCUGAGGCCUUCUCCUGCGUACACCAUAAGAGACUUGGAUGGCUGGGAAGCCCUGCCUGUCCUCAAGAUGAAGAUCUUGCUGUAUCAUAUCGCACUUCAGCCAGUAUGAGACGAAAAAAAAAGACACAGAAAAGAGAAAAAAAAACCCAUCAAUAACAAUGCUUAUCAAUACUAAGGGCUAUCCUAUCCUAUACUGUAGUAUGUGAUAUCUGUGGUCCAUAUAAGAUGCUAUCUCUUUCUCUUGAUUUAGUGUUGAUAUUGUCAUGAUGUAUUAAGUAUUAACGUGUACAAAAAACAACAAAGAGCAAUUUAAGCACAGUUCAAAGAGAAACACAGACAAAACUUUGCACAAAUCUUUCCCCCUGAUAUUUGCACCAGAUACAAUCUAACUUUGUAUCGCAUCCUCGAGGUUUACAAUCCGUAUGAGCACGGCUGAACGUGUGACCGAUCAAUGGGAGGUACUGAACUGAGGGAGGAUUUUUUUUUUUAAGGGAAAUCAAAGAAGGAACUUGUUACCACUGUUUUUUCUUUUCUUUUUUUUGUUCAGUCCUGUGAAAGGAGAUGAAAAACGGACAAAUAUUCGGACAAUCUUCCUUAUACACAGUGCUAAAUGUAGUUGUUCUUAAUAUGAUGGAGUGUUAUUAUUAAUAAUUAUUAUAACUGUUAUGGUUAUUAUUAACAAUUAUCUUAUGGUGUGAUGUUCUUUUACUUGGUGGGAUUUAAGUGUUUAUUGUUUUUAGAUAACUAGCAUUCUCAUGACUGGUUGGUUUUUCAUACAUCUGGUCGUAAAUUUGACUUUUUCAAAAGCAUUCAGAAUCUUAAUGCAUGCCAGCGCCAUUUCAUUGAGAGGCAUUUACAGGCCACCUGGAUUUUUUAGGUCAUCCACGCUUAAAUAUGGCCGAUUCUCCAGCUGUACGUACUGUGCCUAGACAUCGGCCUUAUGACUUCUUGAUCUCAAGUGAUUACUUAGGUUUCCACUCGGGUACAUCUAUUGAAAAAAUCUGCAGCCUUCUUGACGUAUGUGACAGUGUUUUUGGGGAGGGAUAGAUGUGUUCGGGACAGGCUGGAAGCUUUUAAAGGAGACAUUAUGUUUGUUGCCUGCCCUGAUAACGUACUAUGGGAUGUACACACUAAACCUUCGAUGCCAUAAUGUAUGUGUGAUGAAAUGAAUGUUGGAGAGACGCCGAGGUGAAACCUAAGCGCAGUGUCUCUUUCAGGGAAAAUAAGACAGGUGACAUACAGUAGUAUUAGAUUUUUUUAAUAGAGCCACAAAAGGUCUGUAGCAAAGUCUGUAAAAUCUCACAAGCCAUAUCCAUUGAAUCUCAUGAUCACAAUUUUAUAAAUGGUUAAUCUAAUUUGUGCAAGUAUUGUAUUUUGUAUAGCUAGUACAAUCAGAAUAUUUUGAGUGACAUUAAUUUGAGGAAUCAACAAAUGACGUGUUAGUAUUUAAUGAAUUGUACAGUGCCAGACUCAUAACAUUUUGUUGUCUUUCUAUUGUCAGAGCCCUUCUAAGAGACAACAGGGGUUAAUUCUUUUUCACAGCAGAAACCCAACACACAGGCGAGUAAGCUACAGAGCUAGUUAUCAGACAGAAAUGAAUGAAUAUGGUGUGUGUCUUUACCAUUAUGAAUUCAUUUGGAGAGAGAGGAUGGUUAAUGGCCACCUGAAAUGUGAACAUUUAUGAACACUAUCUUGUAUGGACAGGGAUCGUGUCCAAAAAUGAAAUUUAUUUUCAUGCCUAAUUUCAGAAUGACCCUUCUGUUAAUAUUCAAUGCAUUGAUCCCCCUUGGAUACAACAGUGACUUAUACAAAGAAUUUGUAUAAUAAAGUUGGUGGAAAAAAUGUUUGGUCAUUGAUUAUUUAGCUGACAUUUUUUGCAUUUAUGUUCUUGACAUUUUGCAACCAUAAAUCUGACAUAUUCUAG